AUGGGUCCAAUAAUUGGAAUGACUCCAGACAAGAGAGCUGAAACCCCGGGAGCUGAAAAGGUCGCAGGAUUAAGCCAGAUUUACAAAAUGGGAAGCCUGCCCGAAGCUGUUGAUGCUGCCAGGCCAAAGGCCACUCUGGUGGACAGUGAGUCAGCAGAUGAUGAACUCACAAACUUGAACUGGCUCCACGAAAGUACUAAUCUGCUCACCAACUUCAGCCUCGGCAGUGAGGGUCUGCCCAUUGUCAGUCCACUGUAUGACAUAGAGGGAGACGAUGGGCCAUCUUUCGGGCCGGCUUGCUACCAGGACCCAGAAAAGAAAUCAGCAACUUCAAAGCCCCCUUACUCCUUUAGUCUUCUCAUUUAUAUGGCGAUUGAACACUCUCCAAGUAAAUGCUUGCCUGUCAAGGAAAUUUAUAGCUGGAUUUUGGACCGGUUCCCGUAUUUUGCUACUGCGCCAACCGGCUGGAAGAAUUCUGUUCGCCAUAAUCUGUCCCUGAAUAAAUGUUUUCAGAAAGUGGAAAGAAGCCAUGGCAAGGUUAAUGGAAAAUGUUCUUUGUGGUGUGUUGACCCAGAAUAUAAACCCAAUCUUAUGCAGGCACUGAAGAAGCAGCCUUCUUCAUCGGCAUUUUACACCCCUCCUGCCUCUCCACAAAGUGGUUCCUUAUCACCUCACUACUUGAACUCUGUGCUAAAGCAGAACCAAGUGCGAACUCUCAAAGAAUCUGAUAUUGAUGCUGCCACUGCAAUGAUGCUUUUAAAGACUUCUAUAGAACAAGGAAUUUUACAAUGUGAGAAACCUCUUCCUCUUAAAACAUCAUUGCAAAAAAAGAGGAGCUAUGGCAAUGCAUUUAACCCUCCUGGUGCUGUGUGCUUACAAGAGAGCGAUUCUUUAGCCACCAGCAUUGACCCCAAGGAGGACCACAAUUACAGUGCCAGUAGUGUGGUGGCUCAGCGCUGUGCGUCCAGGUCCAGUGUGUCUUCCCUGUCUUCUGUGGAUGAGGUAUUUGAAUUUAUCCCAAAGAGCAGCCAUGCAGGGAGUGAUGGCAGUGAAGGAUUUCACAGCGAAGAGGAUACAGACGUUGACUAUGAAGAUGAUCCACUUGCAGACAGUGGCUUUGCAUCCCGGCCUUGUGCCGACACCGCUGAACAAGGACAGCCAGCCAAAAAGAUGCGGAAGCAGUCAUGUCAAGAGAUUGAUGAGGAGCUCAAAGAAGCGGCUGGGUCUCUGCUCCACCUUGCAGGCGUUCGUACGUGUGUGGGGUCCCUAAUAAGUACUGUGAAGACGCAAAAGCAGCGGAAAAAAUAG